GCGUAAAGACCAUUAGUCCGUGUUUGACGUUGUUCGCGCGAUCGUCUCUGCAUGCGUGUUUUCGGUUUGGUUGUUUAUUAUCGUUUUCAUUUUCGUUUUGCGUAAAUUAUUUUAACGUAAUAUUUUAACCGUCUCGUCUGAGUGUUAUUUUAAUUAUUUAAAUGUUUUGAUUUUAAAACGAUAUUGAACGACAUAUUUUGUGAUGUACUUUUAGUACAGUUUUUAUUGUUUUCGUAUUUGAAAAAUAUUAUUUUUUCACGUGACGUGUGUUCAUUAUUUUAAUUGGCUCGUGUCUGUACCUAUACAGACAGCAAAACUAUUUUACUAUAAUAUGGAUGCAACUGCGAAUGUGAUAAAAGGUCGUCAAGAGCAACAGUGAACCUCAAGAAGGCGGUCUUGUCAUAGUUGAAAAAGAUACAGCGAAACAUUACUAUCGUGUCUGCUGUCCAACGUCGCGAUUUCAUCGCCAUUCUAUCGAAUACUGAUCAGGUCGUAUUAUAUGAAUUGGAAGUUGCAAAGAGUCUGAUGGCACAGCAGCUAUGAUGUCGAUCAAUUUGGUUUGGCUGUGUUCCCUACUGGUGUUGUUGGGUUACAAAUGGACCGACGCUACAGACCUAUCUCAAUGCAUGUCGGCACUCGGCAUGCAGUCCGAAGUGAUAAAAGACGACGAUUUAACCGCUAGUUCUUCUUUCGAAAUUGGAAAUGUCGGACCGCAGAACGCCAGGGUACGCACAGAAAAAGAAGGGGGUGCUUGGUGUCCAAAAGAGCCGGUCACUAGGGAACCCACCGAAUGGCUUGAAGUCAAUUUACACGUGGUAAGAGUGAUCACGUCAGUGGAGACUCAAGGCAGGUUUGGCAAUGGACAAGGUCAAGAGUUCACCGAAGCAUUUCUGAUUGACUACUGGAGACCAAAGCUUGGAAAAUGGGUCCGAUACAGAAACAUUACUGGACAGGAGAUACUGAUCGGUAACAUCAACACGUACUUAGAACACAAACAAGAACUGAAUCCUCCGAUUUGGGCGUCGAAAAUUAGAUUCUUGCCGCACAGCUACCACACCCGACAGGUGUGCAUGCGAGUCGAGCUCUACGGAUGUCCGUGGACAGAUGGCAUUCUAAGUUACUCGAUGCCGCAAGGUGAUAAACGCAGCCCGGAAUGGGAGUUUUACGAUUCCACGUACGACGGAUAUUGGGACGAUGAAUUACAAAGAGGUCUUGGCCAACUGACCGAUGGCAAAGUUGGACUCGAUAACUUUAGAAUGGGAUACUAUGACACCGAAAGAGGUCAAGGAUGGGUUGGUUGGAGAAAUGAUACGCGAAGUGGUCAAGCGAUUGAGAUCAAAUUUGAAUUCGACAAGGUCCGAGAGUUCACCGGGGUUCAUAUAUAUUGUAACAACCAGUUUCAAAAAGAUGUACAGGUGUUUUCCGAAGCGAGUAUUUUAUUUAGUGUGGGAGGAAAAGUAUACUCAUCGGAACCGUUGACUUACACUUACAUGGAAGACAGGAUAUUUGAGUCGUCCAGGAAUGUCAGCAUCAAGUUGCACAGGAGAGUCGGCCGUUUCAUUAAGCUUAGGCUGUCUUUUGCUGCCAAAUGGAUCAUGCUCAGCGAGAUAACUUUCGAUUCUGAUGUCGCGCAGGGCAACUUCUCCGAGGAAAAUAUUGUGCUGACAGAGCCACCGAUUCAAAAGGACGGAUCGGCGAUGAAAGAUCAUCAGGACCCUCUGAGACCGGAACUCCCAAUCCCCACCGCAAAAGACGAGGACCAGACGUACAUGGCGAUCAUCAUCGGCGUGCUUAUGGCGGUCAUCAUACUGCUGGCAGUAGCUAUUUUCCUGAUCGUGUCCCGUCACCGGCGGAGGAAGUGCUUCGCCAGUCCGUUGGUGGGCAAGAGCGCACUGGCCACGGGCAACGGGUGUCCGGGUAUGUCUUCGGGCAGCAGCUGCGGCACGGGCGGCAGUUACAAGGAAGCCGGCACGGGCAGCUCGGUCAGCCACCACGGCGGCACCGGUCACGGCCACCCGGCAGGCACCGUCAACGCUCAUCUGCACGACAUGGACAGGCUGAUCCAGCUGGACGCCGAACCGUACCAGGAGCCGUACCACGCGCACACGCCGUUCUACAGUUACAGUACCGUGGUGGUCGGCCGCAACAUGGAUUCAGGUAACUCUGCGUACGAAUACGCUGUGCCCGAGACCGGAACCAUGCCAUUACUCACAACUUCGCCACCGCCACCACCGCCACCGUCAGCUCCUCCUGUGGCUCCUGUCACGACCGACACGUUUGCCAGGAACAAAAUGUAUCCCACGGACGAAAGCAGAAGUAGUAAAAAAUCUUCGCAAAAACAAGAAUCCCAGACCGCAUUGAAACGCCGGCUCGAACAAACGCCCGUGCCCGAAUUCCCACGGCACCGUCUGCGUAUGUUGUCCAAACUCAGUGAGGGUAAUUACGGAGCGAUUUACGUGGCUGAAGCGGACGGCAUCAACGAAUACAACUCUAAAAUUACGCUGGGCAAGAGGCUGGUGGCCGUAAAAUUCUUCUCGCCCGCGUUGUCGGAAAAAGAGAGAGCUGAACUACAAAACGACGUGAGGAUAUUGGCCGGUCUGGAAGAUCAAAACAUCGCCAGAGUGUUGGGCGUGUGUACCGUGGAACAACCCCUAUGCGUAGUUAUGGAGUACAGUGAGCACGGUGACCUCAACCAGUUCCUCAAGACGCACGUGCCCGUCGAAGCUGCUCGAAACCUGCCGCCCACUGUGAAAACUUUGAGUUUCCAAUGUCUGCUGUAUCUCGCCACACAGAUAGCGUCAGGAAUGCGUUACUUGGAAUCGUUGAACUUUGUCCACCGUGAUUUGGCUACCAGGAACUGUUUGGUGGGAAAAGCGUACAAGGUGAAAAUCAGCGAUUUCGGCACCGACAACGAAGCGUAUUCGGCCGACUACUACAAACUGGACGGAAACCUCGGGCUACCCGUCCGAUGGAUGUCGUGGGAAUCGGCGUUCUUGGACAAGUACUCGACGAAGAGCGACGUAUGGUCGUUUGCCGUGACCCUAUGGGAGAUCCUGCACCUGGCCAAGUCGCGACCGUUCGAGGGGUUCGCCGACCACAGGGUGGUAGAGAACCUGUCGCACAUGCACGUGGACGACGGCCUGUUCGAGUACCCGGCCCGGCCAGCGUGCAGCCGGGACAUCUACGACCUGAUGCGCGAGUGCUGGAAGCGGCAGGAGUCAGACCGACCCACAUUCCGGGAGAUCCACCUGUUCCUGCAGCGCAAGAACCUCGGCUACGCGCCCGCCGCCGCUGCGUCAUGACGGUCCGGCGGUGGCAGCGGCGGUCGGCGGGGCGAGCCACGCGAAGGGUGGCCGUUCGUGCUCCGGCAAAACGCGUCCUACCUGCCCGGGUGUGAUGCAGACUGAAGAGCGCCGGGGAACCCGACGGCACCCACCACCGAUUUGGCGAUGGGGUGGGUCACCGGUGGGCUUGGAACCGUCGACUGUCCGACACCCACGCCGCGUCUGACAUUAUGAUAAUUCACUGCUUCGACAAUCUCUUUGGCGCGCGGGUUCUAUGUUAUUAUAAUAAUUAAUAGCUCGCGGAGCCGUCACCGAACGUACAAAGUGCGUCGUUUGUUUGUUUAUAAAUUGUUUGUUUUUAUCUUUUCUUUCUCUGUUUAAUAAUACCGACUACAAUAAUGAUAUGAAAUUAUAUCAUAUUGACGAGUCGACUACUAUCUCCUAUAUGCCAUAAUUGACCUUUGUAUAAGUAAUCCACCGAACCAAAUGAAUUAGUACCGUCCGUUCUUGGUCAUUAACGGUCGUGUACCUAGUUCGCGCGGUAUCUAUUAUGUUGUAGUAUGUACAUACAGAUAAAUAUUGAAAUUAUAUUAUAAUUAAUAUAUUGUAAUAAAUUGUAUAAACGCUAAAUAUAAAUAGACUGAUAGAAAAAAUAGGCAAUAUCGAUGGGACGAAUCGCGUCGAGUCCGGCGUCGUAUUUUAUCCACGUCAAUCCGUAUUACAGACGUAAUAUUAUUAUUAUUUCGUGUAUCAUAAACAAUAAAUUCGGACUUGCGCGGACGCAAAUCGUUUAGUAACUGUUGCUUGUUAUUUUAGAUUCUUCUCGUCGUGAUUAGAGUCAUCUCUGUUGUACAUUAAACGACGUUUUGUGUAAAACGCUGAUAAUCGAAUGAAUUAACAUAUCUGCUAUUUCCGUUUUAAUCGCUUAUAUUAUCAUGGCGAUUCUAGUGGAAAUGUAGUUUGCCUAUAUAAUGUUGUAACAAUAUUGAUAUUAUUAUAUUAGGAAUGUAUAGUCGACCGAUUGAUUUUGUCCCUCACCCCUCACACCUCCUCCCGUCAAUCGUUCGAUGUUAUCCUCAAAUGUUUAUAACAACCGACUGCCGUCGAAGAUACAAUAAUUGCAAUAAUGUACCUACGUUGUUAAGACAUUUUAAUCAUUACAUAAUAUAGCAUUGUACAUAUAGAAUAUUUAUAAAUAUUAAUAAUAACUAGUCAAGCCUUUUUGUAUUUUAUUUUUAAUUUUUACUCGAGACGAAUGAUAUGUACAUAAAUAAUUUGUUCGGCUAAUGUACAAUAUUUUACACCUGUUUAAGCAUAUUCAACCUGUAUCAUAUUUUUUUUUUUUUAUAUAGAUUGUGAUAUUUAAGUUACUUUCAAAAUGUGACACUUUUAUAUAGUACACUCUAGAUAUUAUAUUAUUAUUACAUGUAAUAUGUUUAUUGUUAAAAUCAUCAACUUACUCGUUUUUGAAUAUUGUAUAAUAUAUUAUUUAAUUUUGAUUUAUUUAUGAAAAUGUACACAACAUAUUUUAUAUUUCGACAUAUCAUUUAUUUUGUUUUUUUCAAAAAGAAAACACCGCUUGACCCGCAUCUGUUUCGUGUCAAAACCUAUUCCCAUCGCAAUAACAAUAUAUAUUAUAUAUAUGUGUGUAUAUAAUAUAUACUAUAAUACUGUCUA